AAGGUCGAAAAUUUUGGUUUUAGAAACUCAUUUUUAUAUUUUUAUCAUGUAAUGAAUAAUAUGAUUAUAAUUCGACAAUUGAGAAUUUGAGAUUAUUUUACUACAGUACUCGUGACAAUCGGAUUAUCGUCAUUGUUUGUAUUUUCUUUAUUAUAUAUUUUUUAAUUUUCUUAUUAUUUACUAUUUAUUUUUGUUUUAACGUAAUCAUAUAAUAUCCACCCAUUAAUCUUUAUCAUUUGUUUGUAGUAGUGUUCGGCUUACAUUUUUUUUCAUUGAUUGUCCAUUUCGAUUGUGCAAGAUAUGAUAAUUCUGAACUAACUGUAAGUACAUGUACCUUAAGUAAUUUAAUUAAAUAAUCAACAUUAAAUAAACGUUAAUUACGUUUGUCAGAUAAGAUGUCUGAUGACAUACCGCCUCUAAUAUCAGAAACUCCACCUCCCAUGAGUAAAUCUGAUUGGGAAGACGAUGAUGAAUUUAUUGAUUUUCCACAUUUAGAAAUGCCAUCCGAUAAUAGUUUAAGUGAGAAUUCAAUAAUUUAGGUAUAAUAUGUUGUAAUAAUUGUGAGUAUUAAUGUUAUGUUCUAUUGGUGUACAGGUCCAGAUGGAAUCCCAGGCAGAUGGAAUCAUAUUGAAUCUCUGCCAUAUGAUUCAGAUUUUGUUGACAAACCAGUAGAUUAUAUUGAAUCGAAUACCAAUGACAGUUUACCAAAUUGGUCUUUAGGUGUUGCAAAAAAAGAUCAAUUUUUAGAAUCAUCAAUUUCUCAACACGAAAAUAGUUUACAUCAUAAUAAUUUACCCAUAUGGAAAGAUAAGGAAAAUAUUAUACCCUGUACAAAUAUUAAGCAAUUAACGAGCAAUCAUAUUUGUGAUAGUACUGACUACAAAACAGAAAUCAAACAUAAUACUUCUUCUGAAAAUAAUGUGAUAAAUAGUAGUACUAAAAUUGAUGAGAAAUUGUCUGUCAUAGUUGAACAAAAUAUUGGAGACAUAGAAAAUAUUACAAGUAAUAUAACGCCACAGUAUUUGAAAAAAGUGGAACUUCCAUUAAAGAAUUUUAGUAUAGUUGAAAAUAUUAAGAAUAAUGAUUAUGAAGUCAAUAUUAACUCUGAAAAAUCGUCCCUUAAAAAUACAUCAGUCAAUGGAAAUGUAGAAUGUGUAAAUAUUAAAGAAUUUUCAAAUCAAACCAGUUGUGUUCCUAAUAUUUUAUUAGAAAAUAUGAAGAAUAAUGUAAGUGAUUUUGCUACUGAUGCUGCGUACAAUAUGUUAAAUAAUGUAUCAGUUAAUAGUAAUAAUAACAACAUUAUAAUUAAAAAUGAUCAGCUAAAAUAUAGUGAUUUUGAAACUGAAUUACCUAAUUCUCUUAAUGUGCCUUUACCAAAUAGGACAUCUGAAGAACAUAUAGAAAUAUUUGAGAAUCAUGAAUCAAUUGACAAGUAUCAUAACCCUGAUCAAAUUAAAAUUGUACAGUUUAAUGAUAACAACUCGAAAAUACCACAAAAUUCUUCUAGUUCAGUAAACACAAAUAUAGAACAAAAUAAUGAAAACACUGUUGAUGAUAACUUAGAUUCUGAAUUUGAUGAUUUCUGUGAUUUUCAUGCAUUUACAAAUUAUGAUGAACCUAAUAUAUCAGAAAUUAGUACUGAAAAUAAUUUUGAACAUUCCAAUAAUAAAAAAGAAAAAUGUGAUAAUGAUGAUAAUAAUUUAACAUUAAAAUCCAACAAUCAAAAUAAUAUUACUUGCAAUAUAAUUAAUGAUGAAGAUAAUUUUUGUGAUUUUGAAUCUCAAGUUUUAAAUGAUAAACAAUUUAAUACAGUAUUAGAUUCAAAGUCUCAAGUUCAAAUUGAUUAUAAAAAAUUUUGCGAGGAUGCUUUUUAUGGAGACUAUGUAAGUGUUUUAAUGUAAAUAGAUGACAAAUUUGUUUAUGAUUAAAAAUAAUAUUUAAUUGUUAGACCCAAUGCAAUGAAAUAAAUUUACAAGAUUUGGAACAUGAAUUAAAUGAAUCAUUAGUGUGGCAACAUUUAAAAGACAUAGAAUCAAGUCCAGCUCUUAAAUAUAAUUGGUCAAAAUCAGAAUCAAACAAUGUUUUUCUCUCUUCGCUUUCAAUUGAUUCUAGAAACAUAGUAAGUCAAUUAGAAUUUUUUAUCAAUGGUUUAAUUGUAAAUAUGUUGGUUUUUUUUAUUAAUGUUAAAUAUAAAUGUGACAGUUGUAUGGUGCUUUUUGGAAUCCAAAAUUCCCUAGAUUUGCUGCAAAUAUGUCUGACCAUCCAUUAGAGCCAUUAAAAUCUACUAAUAACAAUAUCACAGAUAGCAAAAUAUUAUCAUCUUUUUCCAGCGGUUCAUUGCAGGUGAAUUAAAAUUCACUUAAUAAACAUUUUAAAACAAAAUUUCUGAUAUUUUUAAGUAAAAUUGUAUAUUAUGAUAAAGGCAAAUGUAACCGUAACCAUACCAGAUGUUCAAUUUGAUUGGAAAAGCAGUGGUUUGAUAAACCCAUUGGACUGUAAGUAUUCCAUAAAUGUCUUAAUAUAAAUUGAACAAUAAUUUCUAUUAUUUUUUUAUAUAUAUAUAAUUCAGUAUACCUUUUCAAAAACCUAUUAUAAACAAUUUUAAAUUAAUUUAACUACAUAUUUGACAAUAAUUAAUGUCCAUAAUAUAGUAGGUAUUUAAAAAAAAUAAAAUAAUAAGAUUAAUUAAUUAAUUAAUUAGAUUUACAAUUUAUUAUUGAUAAAUUUACAUUUUUUAAAAAGUUAAUCAUAUAAAAUAUAAAUAUAAAUAAUUAAUAAACUAAAUUAACUUAGCUUGAAAGUAUAAUACUUCAAAUUUUUUUUUAUUAUAGAAUUUUAUUUUAGUAAACCAUUUUCUAUUUCUGUUUAGUAAAUUCUUUUAUGGUAAGAUUAAUUGAAAUUUGAAACAUUUUUAUUUUUAUCAUAUUUCUAGCCUUAAGAUAAUAAAUUAAUAAAUUAAAUCAAAAUAAAAUAUUUUUCCUCUUAAACAAUAUCACCAUUGUUAAAAUAGUAUUAUAAAAAAAAAGUCAUGAUCACUACUUUAUGGUAGGUUACUGGUAUAAGUGGAAAGUUGGGAAGAUCUGAUGUAUAGAGAUACAUUUGUUUACGUUAUACUUGAUAAUUUAUUUUCAUAUACAAAUUUGAUAAAUUUAAAUUGAAAAUAAUAAUAUUUUGUAACUAAAAAAUUAAUUAAAAUUUUUUCUUUUGAACUUUUAACUCUUUUAGAUAUAAAAAAAUAAUGAUAUUACCAUUACAUUUUUUUUAUAAUGCUAAAUAUUUACAAAUUAAUUAAUUUUUUAUUUAAUAGAUUUGAUGGUUAUAAGUCCUUAUAAUAUAACUUAAAUAUAAUAAUUGUUAAUGAUUGAAAUAAAUUAAAUAACUGGAAAAAUAAUUAAAUGUAAAAACAAAUACAUUAUCAGUGGUCGGCAACCCUUUUACCUACAUGGGCCAUAAUUUUUUUCAGUUUUUCAUUGAGAGCCGCAUACAAAAUUAAAAUAUUAAAAAAUAUAAUUUUUACAUAUUAUAUUAAUAUAUUUAAGGAUAGCAACAAUCAUAUUAUGAGUUUAACAUUGCUGUUGUCCUUAUUAACUAAUUUUUAAUUAAAUACAUUAGUAGAGAUAAAUUAAAAGUUUUAAAAUAAUUAUUAAUUAAUUCUUGAAUGCAAAAGUAAAUAAAUAUUUAGUUAAUAUCUACUAGUGUGAUUUUUGAAGUUAAAUUUUUCCCAACAAUAUUUAUUUUUCCGAAAUUCAAGUAUUGUAAAAAUGUUUGCUCACAAAUAUAAGUGCUACCGAAGCAGUAAUAAUUUUUUUAGCAAAACUUUGAAUGCCUUUAAAACCUAUUUCAGAAAGACUCAAAUAAUAUAUCUUUAGACCAUUACUUUCUUUAAAAGCAUUUUUAAGAACAUCGUUGUUUUUCAUUUCUAUGACUUCCAUAUGUAAAUUAGAUUCAACAUCGUCAAUGUCAACAGAAGAAUCAAAUUCUUUUGUCAACAAAAUUAAUUUUCCAAAUGUAAAGUUGAUUUGGGUGAUUCUAAUACAAUUUUACAACAUAUGAAAUAAUCCAAACGCUGUUCAUUAAUAUGUUUGUGUAAUAAUUUUAAUUUUACUUGAAAUAAUUUUAUGUUUGAAUACAUAUCUGACAACAAUUUGUCUUUACCUUGCAGUUUCAUAUUCAGUUCAUUUAAUAAAGUUGUUAUAUCAGUUAAAAAUGCAAGAUUAUGACACACUUUUUAUUCGAUAAUUCUGGUACAUUUUUACCCUUUUCUGACAUAAAAAUAUUUAUUUUAUUUCGUAAAAUAAAAACCGGUCCAAAACCACACCACACAAAAUUAAAAUUUUAAAUACCAUGAAAUAUAUUUCGAGGGCUUCAGCAAAAAGUUCCGAGCCCUGCCAUGCCUGCAUUAUAUAAUACAACUUUUUAAUAUAAGUAUAAGAUUAAGCUUAAAUUACUCUCAAAAUAAAAAAACAAAAAAAGUCCAAUGAUGAAGUUUUAUUAGUAAACAGAAAAAAUGAAUCUGCAACAUAACUUUUACAACGGUAAAGACUAAUAAAAAGAUCAUGGGUUCUGAAAAAGUAUGUAGGUACCUUUUGUCCUACUAAAGCCAGUAAAUGUGGACAAUUAAUGUAGCCAUUUAAUAAAUCAUACAUAAAUAAAAUAUCAGAAAGUUGAUUUCUUAGUUUUAGAUAAAGUGUAUUAGUGACAUAAGCAAUACUUUUUAAAAUUUGUAUUGAACUAACUUAAGAUCUUUUAAAUAUGUUGUUAAGUUUUGAGAUGAAAUUCAAGGGAUGAUCAACAUAAUGUAUAAUAUGUAUUGUAUCAAUAUAAUUAUUUGAAGAUUGAGGUCUAUUUAAAAAUGUUGAGUAUUCCUAAUAAUAAAGCAUAACAUUUUAUACAAUUUACUAAAAAUUGUUUUAUAGUUAACCUUAUUGAAAGUUUUUUAGAAAUCAGUGUAAAUUGUAUCUUUUUGACAAUUUUGUUCAUACAAUUUAUAAUAGAUAUAUUUGAUAGGUUAAUGUAUUCAUUAGAAUAGAAUAUUUUAAUAGAAUGCUAUGUCGGAGAAGCCUCUAUAUUUUAUCAGUAAGAUUGUCAAUAUUUUAGAAAUAAUUGUCUUAAAUUAUUUGGGAGUAACCAAUAAUUUUGUAUAUUGCUUCUGUCAUAAGAUUUAUGAAUAGGCAUAAUAAAUGAUUUUUAACAAAUACGAGGAAAAUGCCCAGUAGUGAGUGACAAGUUAAAUAAGCAAAUUUAAGGUUUAAUUUAGGUUGAUUUACAUGCUUUUUCAAAAUGAUUAAGGAAUUUCAUCGGGACCUGUUAUUUAUAUGGUAGAAGGAAUGUUAGUUUGAUUUCAAGAAUUGAAUAUAUUUUAAAAUAGAUUUUGGAUUACUAUUUAUAUUGUUUUUAUAAUUUUUUUAUUUUAAUUGUUUAAUUAUUUAAUUAUUUUUAAUUUUUUUAUAAUUUUUAAGUUAUAGUUAGCAUAAUAUCUUAUCACAUUAGCAUUAUCUACAAGAUAAUACUUUACAUUUUCUGAAAAAAAUUAAAUAAUCAUAUUGCAAGUACAGGACUAUUCUAUGUGAUAUUUUGAUUAUGAUUAAGAUUAAAUUUAAAUUUUGGAACAUAAACCUCAAAUGUAUUUUUAAUAAUUUUAUAGAAUUUUUAAAUAUUACACAAACCUAGAAAAAUGUUUUCAUUGACAUAAAUCAAAUAAAAGUGUGCAGAAUAUUGAUAGUUUUUACAAUUUUCUCAUAAAAUUAAUCCAAAUAAACUCGAAAAUUUCAAAUAUUUAUAUUUAAAUAUUAAUAUUUAUAACUCAAACAUCACAAACUAGUUUUUAAAAUUGAACCACACCUAGAAAAUACUAAUAUAGUACUUAAAUCUCUAAAUAAAGUCUCAUUGGAUUACAAAAAAAAAAAAAAAUACUUUUAAUAAAAACUGUUAUUGAAUAAUUCCAUAAUAAUUAUUCCAGGUUUUUCUGGAUUCUUACAUUUAAAAAACUUAUAAUUUCAAACAAUUAUCUUUCAACCGCACUAAUGAGACAUAACUUGUACUCAUCAAUGUAAAAAUAAUACAUUCCAAAUUUAGUUCAUAUGCUUACAUAAUUUAAUGAUGCAUUAAUAUAUAAUUGAUAAUGUAUUUAUUUAUUUAUAAUUUAUAUAUAUAUAUAUUGAUUUUUUUUCAAAUUUAAAAGUUACACACAAUGUGUAUAUAAAAUUGAAUUUUUUUUAUAAAGGGUGGUUGACAUGAUUUAACAGGAAAAUUAAGUCACACUGUGCCAUUAUUAAACUUUAGUUAUUAUUUGUAUACUUAUAUCAAUAUUUUAUUAAAAUUUUUUUACUGAGAGUGUGCAAAAAUGUUUAUGAGGUUUUCCAGGAAUGGUGUUAUUGUUAUAUUUUUUUUAUGGGAAGAUUCAAUUAAUUGGGAUAAUCUUUUGUAUCUGUUAUAGACCAAAUGCAAUUUCAAUGAUGGUGCUUUUGUCUUACACUAAUUUACAUUUUUAUUCAUGCUUUAUAAUAAUUUUUAACAAUGGUGGUAGUGCUAAAAAUGGAUAUUUUAUUAUGGGCUUAUCAUAGGUAACCAUUCAUCAUUACUAGACCUUCAAAUUCUCGACAAAUAUGCACCAUGCUGUAAAAACACUUGUGAGUAUUUCUGUUUUUGCUUGUAUAUGUAUAUUAACAUAUUAAAUAUUAUACAUUUAUUGCUUUGCUUUUGUGUUCUUAAACUAAAUAUUUUAGAUAGUGUAUACAAAUUUAGUUUUUAAUUUAAUUCAAAACAUAUACUAUUAAUUUUCAAGAUUAGAUAUCUUGUAGGGUUUUUUUUUAGCAAUAACAGCUAAUUAAUUAAAUAAUUGUGAAAACUAAAUUAUCUUAAACAAAUUAAGGACAUUUUUCUGGUACUUACAACUAAAUAUUAGUUGGCAUUAGUUUUUAACUGCAUAAGAAAGACAUAUUAGCAGUUUACAGAAGUAUCAAAUAAUACAACAUCCAAUUUUUUGUUUAAAAAAAUUGAUAAUAAAUAUGAACAUAAUGGUGUGUUACACUAUGGUGGACAUACACACUCUUUAACAAUGUUCAAUUUUUCUUUUAGACCAAUAUCAAAAUGUAUACAUUAUUUUUACAAACUAGUUUAUUAUUAAAUUAAUUAUUAAAAUUAUUAGUUUUCAUUUUGUUUGCUUAUAUUUUCCAUUUUAAUUCUAUGUUUAAUCAUUUCAGUUCAGCCUCAAACAUGGAAAAUAUCUGAGCUAGUGAAAGGAGAAGAAGUACCAGUGAAAGAAGAAGUAAUACUCAUAAAAGAAGAAGAAGAAAAAUAUGUUAUGAAAGAUGAAGAAAUACUUGUUAAUGAAGAAGUAUCCAUUCAAAGUAGUCCAGAAAGUAUAGAUAUUUUCAAUAGUAUAUUUAAUGUGUCCUCUAAAAAUCAAUCUGUUGAAUCCAUUGAAAAUUCACCUACUGAUGAGGUCAAAAUAAGCCUUGAAGCACAAACUAUUUUAGAUAAGCUGCCUGAUUUUGAGGUAUUACAAAAAUCUUAUUUACUCAUUUUAGAAAAAGAAAAUAACAAUCCAUUUCUCAGAUAGUUUUUUUUGUACUUAAAAGUUAAGUAAUCUAAUUUAAAAGAUAGCUGCAUAUGUUAUUAUAUAUAGUGUGUUUUAUCUUUCCUUGUUGAAAUCAAAUCCAUCAGGUGCAAUAAGUUUAACUAAUCUGUCCAAGUUUAUUUUUAAGUAUUGUAAAUUACUUUAAGUAUUGUUAAUUUUAUUUAUUUAUUUAUUAUCUUAAGAUGGUUUUAAUAAAGUCAGUUGAUUUGAAUAUUUUAUGAUAUAUUUAUCUCAAAAAUUUGGCACUCGGAAAUAUUUUCUACUACCUUAAUCAUUUUUACUGUCCAGUUUUAAAAGCAAAAUAUGAAUCAUCAAAAUUUGUUAGGAAUAUAUAUUUGUUUUUUUUUAUUAUAACUUAUAAUAAACAAUAAAAAAACAAUACAUAAAUUAGCUAACAAAUUAUAAUUGUUUUAGUUAUCCAGUUGAUGUUCAAAGAGUUCCAUAAGUCUAAUUUUAUUUAAAAAAAAAUAAAAUAUGAUUUUAAAUCUUUAAGAUUAUUGCAUUCAAUAAAUGAAUUAACUUGAUAAAAAUAUAUUCAUAAAAUUGAAUGAUGUAAAUAAUGCGUAAAUCAAUCAACAUGUUUAUUUUGUUAUUUGUUUUCAUUUUUACUUUGAUUAUAAAUGGGUUUAUUUUAAUAAGUACAGAUUUUUUAAUAUUUUCAUAAAAAAUAAAAAAAUGGAUAAAACUAGGCAUUUUGCUGGUUUUUAAAUAUAAAAUCAGUAAAACUAUGGUAUAGUGAACAGGUUUGAUAAGUGAUAUUUUUAGUUAAAAUGAGUUAAGUACUCUAUAAAACUCACCAUUUUAUUUUUCAUAUAAUGUACAAAUGUUGUAUGUGUACCUUUAAUAUAUAAUCCACUAGAUGAAAUAUAUUAUUACUGAUUUAUAUGGAAAUAUAAACUUUCAAUUGCCUCUACUGAAAAAUUUGUUAAAUGCCAUCACACUUUUGCACUAUACCAUUAAAUUAAGAUAUUAAUUAAAUCUGCCAGUUUUAGAAAAUAUAAAAUAAUUCUUGUUUAAAAAUAGAAGUAGACUUAUGGAUUAUUUGUAAAAUACUGUUCAACAAAUUAUAGAAUAGUGUACAGUUGUUCAAUUAUGUGAAUAUGUUAAUUUAUCAUGUUAGUAGUUUAUCUGUGUAAAAUUUUUUAAACAUUAGAAUGGGUUGUAGGAAAUUGAUUUCUAGUAAAAUAUGUAGUUAUUUUAUGUAGUUUAGUAAUAUAUUAUAUAGGUAAAUGUUUAAUUAUCAAACACUUUAUAGCCUAUUUUAUGUCAAUUUGCAAAAGCAUGUUGAAAAAUAAAGUCAUUAUAGAACAUUUUUUUAUUUAUUUUAUUAAGUCAUCAUUGAUGGAAAUAGCUUCCUAUAUGCAAAAUGGAUUUCAUAUGAAAAUACAUUUAAUAAAAUCACAUAUAUUCUAAAAUAAAAAUGUCUGCAUUAUAACAGUGUUGGGAAAAAUCCAGAUUUGCCGAAUCCAAUGUCAAAAUUGUAUUUAAAAACUGAGUUUUAGAUUUUGAAACUUUGAUUUUGCAUUCUUUUAGACAAUUUGUUUUCAUUUCACUUUUAAAUUAAUCAUCAUUAUACAUUUAUUGAGUAUAAAAAUAAUAGGACUAAUAUAAUGUAUCAUAAAUAUAAUAUGAAUUAUCUGAAUAUAAUUUAUUAUAAUCACACUAAGUAAAAUUAUCUAAUAAAGAUAUAAUAUGGGUGAACCGUAUAAAAUAAUAUACAUUUAUUUUUUUCUAAAAUAAUUUAAUACACAUUUUAGAUUUUGAUUGUCCAGAAUCCUGGUUCUUGUACUGUGAAAUCUUUAAUCAGAUUAUCUUGAUUUAUAUCACAUAAAUAGUUUUUUUGUAAAUUGACUAUUGUAAAUAUAUUUUUGUAACAAAUAUCCUUUGAAUAAAAAUAAAAUUUGUCUAUGUUUUGGUAGAUUAUUAAAAACAAAUUGGUUAAUUAAAUAUUUUUCAUACAAAAUCAGUUAUAAUUUAAAAUAUAGGAGGUUUUUUUUCUGUCAAAAAUGACAAGUAGUUUUAUACCAAUCUGACAUCUUCCAUGGGAUAUCACCUAUUUUAUAAAAUAACAAGUGAUCUAAAAGAAAUUGCCAUCAAAGUUAUACUAUUUUAAUACAGUGAUGACAUUUUAGUUUUAGUUUUUCAUACAUACUAUAAACUAUUUUAAUUAGAAUCAUUAUAAUUAUAUUAUGUAAAAUACGUGUAAGUUCAUAUUUCUAUUCCAUUUAUUUGUUUAUAUUGUUAUCACUUAUACUAUGUUUAAAAUCUUCAAAAUAUAUUAUAUAUAUUUUUUUAAUUUUAAAAAAAAGCUUAUAUACACAUUAUAUGCAAUUUAUACCUAAGGCAGGUAUCAAAAAAAAUGCUCAAUCAAUUUUUUUUUUUGUUUCACCAAUUUUAAAUUAAAUUAAUGUUUUAGUGGUUGUUUUGAUGGAAUACAGUUAGAAAGGUUUGGGGGAAGUUAAGGUCAUGGAGGAAGUUAUAACUCCAUGGAGGGGGGCUAUAACAAUUAUAAUUAUUUUUUUAGUAAUUUAAUCAUGAAAUGUAUGUAUUUUAGACAAGUUACAAGGAAAACCUCGAUUUAUCAACUAAAAAUUGUUUUUUUGGAUUCCACUUUUAAAUUUCAUUUCCAUGUAAUCUGAUUUAUAAAGGCAAAAAAAAAAAAAAAAACAGCUUUUUUAAAUUGUAUUUUUGGGAAAUAAGUUUUAAAUUUUUAAUUAGAGUUAUGAAGUAUAAUAAUAAUUAUAGUAAUAAAUUAUGUUGUCCUACCAAAAUCCUCACUGUAAUGUACUUACAUACAGUAUAUGUUCAAUCAUAUUUUAUAAAAAAAUAUAUUAAAAAUAAUAAAUAUAAAAUUUAAAUAUCUUUGUUUAGAAAAUAUUGUUGACUGUUAUUUUCUUAUAACUCACUGUGAUCACUUUUGGCAAUUAUGGAAAUUAAAUUAGUGAGGUUUUUUUUUUUUUUUUAAAUAGUGUAAUUUUUCUGAUUAAAAUAUUGUAGACUUUGAAUAAGUAAUAAUACAUACAUUUAUUGUAGAUUGUUAACUAUUUAAUUUAUACUUUGGUGUUUGGUGUGUGCUCAUCAAUAUCCAGAAGAUAAUUAUGUUCUAUUAUAAUAUUUUAUAUAAUGAUUAAUGAUUAAAUGUACAAAUAGGAUCAUUGUUUCAUUAUAUUAUGUUUUAUGUAAAUAGCAUAGUGCUUAGAUUUAUUCAACAAUGUUAUUAUUAUUUGUAAUUAUUGUUGUUUUGUUAUAAUCAAUUUUAUAUUAUUUUCUUCAUAUAUCUUUUUAUAAAAAAUUGUUUGUUUUGGUUUAUUUACUCAUAAGCCAUGAUCCAUUUUUUUUUUUUAAACUUAAUGCCUUAAUUUUAAUUUUUGCAAAUUUUUCAAAUUUGAUCAAGAUAUUUGUACUUAUUAUUUUUUUUUCACUGAGGAAACCUGAACAUAUUUUAGGUAUUCAAAAAAAAAAAUCCAUUCCUUUAUAAUUUUGUAUUCUUAAUCAUUAAAAUAAUAUAAUAUUAUUAGAUAUUCAUAAUUUUUGAUCUCUAUACUAUCAAAUAAAGUACUUAAUGAACCUUGUAGAAAGUCAGUAACAUAAAGUAUUCAGUUUUAAAUUUAUUAAUAUUGAAUUUGUGUCAUUAAACUAUUUUGUUUUUAGUACCUGUGUAUAGUUUAUGUAAUCAUGGGUUGUUUUUGUUUUCAACAAGUACUUACAUUUUUUAAAUAAAAUUUAAAUUUAAACAUUUGGUGAAUAAAUUAGAUUACCUUUACAAAAGAAUAAUUGUUUCAAAUUUUAGAAGGAUACUUGUACCAUAAAAAUGAUUCUUUUAAUCCAUAUAUAGUGAAUAAAAAUAGAAUUUAUAAAUAUUUGUUAUAUAAUAUAAUGCGUGAAAAAAAUUGUAAUCUGCAUUCAAUUAAAAAAAAAAAAAUGUGGUUAUUAUCAUUCCUUGUAAUUUUUAAACUAAAUAUUAUGUAUUUAAUAAUGGUAAAAUGUUGUUAAAGUUUGAAA